UCGAACUGCCGACUUGACAGCAACAAUAGAGAAAAAAAAAAGGCUUACACGCUUGCUAUACUGGUUAAUGCGACAAGAAUUUUUCUCUCUCUCACUAUCAAGAGCGUAUUUAAAAGACUUGAAUUUUUAAGUUUUAAGCCCCACUGGCGCUGAAGAAAGUUACCAUUUUUCUUUGAUUUGCUGUAGCAAGUUGCAGUUUUUCUCACUCCCAUGGAGACUCUUCUUCUUGUGUUCUCUCCUGUUUCUCCUUUGGUUUCCUCCGGUGGAAGCAGUUCUUGCUGGAGUAAAAAUUUGAAGGCAGGUCAUUUUCCAAGUUCUAGUGUCAGAGUCCAAGUUUCAAGGCCCAAUUCAUGGAGCAUCUUGGAAAACUCUCGUGUUAGAGGAAUAGGGCCUCAAUCAACCUUCAACCAGAGUAAUAAUUCUAAGUUUCUGGCAAAUGCAGCCUCAGGUAACCCUCUUGAUUGUGAGCCUGAAGCUUAUAAACCCAAGAGCAGUUCAGACUCUGUUACAAAAGCCGUAGAUGCCUUUUACAGGUUUUCAAGGCCUCACACAGUCAUAGGCACAGCAUUAAGCAUUGUAUCAGUUGCCCUCCUUGCAGUUGAAAAGCUUUCAGAUAUUUCUCCAUUGUUUUUCACUGGAGUUUUGGAGGCUGUUGCUGCUGCACUCAUGAUGAAUAUUUAUAUUGUUGGUUUGAAUCAAUUGUCAGACAUUGAGAUAGACAAGGUCAACAAGCCUUAUCUUCCUUUAGCAUCAGGGGAAUAUUCUUUCAAAACUGGUGUGCUGAUUGUUUCAUCCUUUUCCAUCAUGAGUUUUUGGCUUGGAUGGAUUGUUGGUUCAUGGCCAUUGUUUUGGGCUCUUUUCAUCAGUUUUGUACUCGGAACUGCAUAUUCAAUCAAUUUGCCCCUAUUGAGAUGGAAAAGGUCUGCAGUGGUUGCGGCAAUGUGCAUCCUAGCAGUUCGAGCAGUAAUAGUUCAACUUGCUUUUUAUCUUCACAUGCAGACUCAUGUGUAUGGAAGACCAGCCAUGUUUUCAAGGGCUCUAAUCUUUGCAACUGCAUUCAUGAGCUUCUUCUCAGUUGUUAUAGCACUAUUUAAGGAUAUACCUGAUAUUGAAGGAGAUAAAAUAUUUGGAAUCCGAUCUUUUACAGUACGGUUAGGUCAAGAGCGGGUGUUUUGGACUUGUAUCUCUCUACUACAAAUGGCUUAUGGUGUUGCAAUUUUAGUCGGAGCAACAUCUUCCUAUGUUUGGAGCAAAAUCAUCACUGUUUUGUGUCAUGGCAUCAUGGCUUUGAUACUGUGGCAACGUGCCAAAUCCAUAGAUUUAAAGAGCAAAAGUGCAAUAACUUCCUGUUAUAUGUUCAUCUGGAAGCUGUUUUAUGCAGAGUAUUUGCUGAUACCAUUUGUAAGAUAAGUGAGCAGAGGAAGAUUAACUUGCAAUCCAAGGACUUUUUAUUAAUUUGUAUGUAGUUUAUCUUCUUGAAUCUUGACCCACCAAUGAGACAUCUAUAAUUUCUAUGCUCUUGAGCAAUAUAACAUCUUUGGUGUACCUCAUUACAAAUGAGUUUAGUUUGAUUACAUGUAUGUAUGUAAUGUCUCAACAGUGAAGUUACUGAUAUGCUUGUGCCAAAGAUAUUUAAUAGUUCAGGAACGAACCAUUUCAACCA